GCUAGCAACAGUUGCCUCGAGACCCUCGCUCGCCAUAGUGACUGUAGUCGUGGAGACAGUUACUUACCAACCGGAGCAACAGGCAGCAACAGCAGCGGUGAGACAGGGCAGAAAGGCGAACAGACCAGAACUAAACACACGGCAAAGUCCCCAGCCAUGCAGACCUCUGCAGCCACGUCCGACUCGACGGCGAGCGUAGGAUUGCCCACUUCCGUCCAGGCCCCGGUGGUGCAGCCAGUCCCCCCCUCCCAGCAGAGGGUGCUGGUUCAGGCUGUGGGUGUGGCCCCCAAGGGUGUGCAGGUACCGCAGCUCUCAGUACCCAGGCUGCAGCAGGUCCCCCCACAGCAGGUGCUGCAGGUUUAUCCAUCCCAGGCCCAGUACGUCGAGGCCGGGGAGCCUGUCUACACUAAUGGAGGAGUCCGCACAGCCUACACCUACAGCCCCGAGGCCCAGCUCUACGGACAGUCCAGCGGAGCGGCCUACUUCGACACCCAGGCUGGGGGAGGCCAGGCGACCGCGGUGGUGUCGUCGACUAGCAGCGGGCCCCCCCACAGCAUGGUGGGCGUGGCCAUGGACAGUGGGAGUGGCCAGAUCCUCAGUGGUGGCGGCGCGUACUUGAUCCAUGGCGGCAGCAUGGACGGGGGUCACCACCGCAGCUCCCUCUCCUCCUCAGCAAUGCUCGAAAUGGCGAUUGAAAACCUCCAGAAGUCUGAAGGGAUUGCGACUCACAAAAGCAGCCUGCUGAACAGCCAUCUGCAGUGGCUGCUAGACAACUACGAGACAGCAGAGGGCGUCAGUCUGCCACGCAGCUCCCUGUACAACCACUACCUGUGGCACUGCCAGGAGCAGAAGCUGGAGCCCGUGAACGCCGCCUCCUUCGGCAAGCUCAUCCGCUCCGUCUUCAUGGGGCUGCGCACGCGGCGGCUAGGAAACAGGGGUAAUUCCAAGUACCACUACUACGGUAUCCGGCUGAAGCCCGACUCGCCGCUGAACCGUCUCCAGGACGACGCGCAGUACAUGGCGAAGCGACAGCAGCCCGUGCACCAGAAGCAGAGGUUCAAACCAAUGCAGAAGUCGGAUGGUACUGCCUACGGCCUGGCAGGGGGGUCACACCAGUCAUCCGGUACACCAGAUCAGUCGGUGGCCUCCCAGAGCCAGCACCACCAGCAGUACAUUGAUGUCUCCCACGUCCUGCCCCCGUUCCCUGCCCCCGAACUGGGAGUCCACCCUCUUCCUGCUGGCGUCUCCCUGGGCGACGUGAAGAAGUUGCAGGGUUUAUACCGGGAUCACUGCGAGGCUACGCUGGACGUGGUGAUGAACCUCCAGUUUCACUACAUCGAGAAGCUUUGGCAGACGUUCUGGUCGUCAGCGGUGCCCUCUAGUGACGGAGCUGCGUCUGUCCCCUGCAGCGAGGAGGACCCGGAGGGAGACAUCUCGCACGCCAAGCUGGUGGCACUGUGCUGCUUCGAGCCUGUCGCCCUGUGGAUGCGCAGCUGCGACCACGUGUUGUACCAGGCGCUGGUGGGGGUCCUCAUCCCCGACGUGCUGCGCCCCGUUCCCAGCACCCUCACGCAGGCCAUCCGCAACUUCGCCAAGAACCUGGAGGGCUGGCUGGGCGCCGCCAUGAGCAACUUUCCCCCGGAGAUUGUACGUGCCAAGGUGGCAGUAGUGAGUGCGUUUGCUCAGACCCUGCGCCGCUACACGUCCCUGAACCAUCUGGCGCAGGCGGCCCGUGCAGUGCUGCAGAACACCUCCCAGAUCAACCAGAUGCUCAGCGACCUGAAUCGCGUCGACUUUGCCAACGUGCAGGAGCAGGCCUCGUGGGUGUGCCAGUGCGAUGAGGCUCUGGUCCAGCGGCUGGAGCAGGACUUCAAAGCCACCCUGCGGCAGCAGAGCUCGCUUGACCAGUGGGCCCUGUGGCUGGACAGCGUGGUGAACCAGGUGCUCAGGGCCCAUGAGGGCAGUGCCAGCUUCGCCAAAGCGGCCAGGCAGUUCCUGCUCAAGUGGUCCUUCUACAGCUCCAUGGUGAUCCGCGACCUGACGCUGCGCAGCGCCGCCAGUUUCGGCUCCUUCCACCUCAUCCGUCUCCUCUACGACGAGUACAUGUUCUACCUGGUGGAGCACCGCGUUGCCCAGGCGACCGGGGAGACGCCCAUCGCUGUCAUGGGGGAGUUCAGUGACCUCGGCUCCAUGAUGCCCAUGUUCACAGAUAAAGAGAGGUCCCCCAUCUCGGAGGACAUGAGCGAGCCCUGCAGCGACGGGAACACCUCCAAGGCCGACGGGGAGCCGGCCGUCAAGCGGGAGCGCGUCGAGAUCAGCUACUCUCUGCAGGAGAUGUGAAGCGAGGAGGGUGGGCGGGGGCGCCACCUUGUGGCCUCUUCAGAAUUAUACACUUCAGGUUCCACCCAAGGUUUAUAAUCCAGAUUUAAUAUUUUAUUUGGUACUUCCCCAAACUGAAACAAAGUGGAUGAAUUUUUGUCAGUUAGUUUGUUCUGGUUAUUUUGCAAGCUGUGCCAUAUUGUUUCCCUAGUGCCUUCGGUCAGCCCCCCCCCCCCCCCAGUAGCCGUGCCUCUCGCUGUGUCUGCACUUGUCCUCCAGGGGAUUGUUACCCUGUGCCUCUGUCACGGUGACAACCGGUCCUUACUGGGUUCACACUCAUAUUCCCCACCAGCCUGCUUGGUUGUCCAUUUUAGGUGGGAUUUCACUGCCUGAAGUGCCUUGACCCCUGACCCUUGCCUGGCCCAGAGCCCCUCCAGCCUGUCUCCAGGAAGGGGGCCUUCUGAUGUUACUCAGAUGUCCCAUGUUCCCUCUUUAGGACUCGUGACACGUCGUCCUCCCUUGCAAGUGCGUUUAAAUCGGUGAGCGGACUCACCGAGUCUGACGUCCCAGCCAUUAAACAGCGAAGACCAGAGGCGGCUGUAUUUAAAUAUGAAAGUUGUAGCGAUUAAGGCUGUGAAUGGGGCAUUAGCUUAACUGAAUUGCCUUCAUCAUUUGUUUCCUGAGCUCUAGUAAGAAAGAGACUAUUUAUUUGUGGGUUUCUUAUUGGAAAGUAUCAUAUAUGAGAACGGAGCUCUGUGUCUCGGGGUGAAACGGGACCCGUUCUGGGUUGUGCUGAGGUCACAUGACUUCCUCGGACUCGACCAUGCGGGAACCAGCUGGCUCGCCCAGCUUCCUUAUUUAUGAGAUUCUUGUGGUGUGCAGGUUCAGGUUGGAUGUUGUCUAAGCAGUCCGGGCUGUAUUUCAGUGCUUGCUGGUCCUGAUGGUGUCCCCUGCGUGUCCCCGAUGACGCGCCGGUCACUGCAGGAGGCUCCGGUAGAGUGUGUUUGUUGUUUUGUUUAACGCUGACCCGGACGUUUGUUUUUGUUUGGCUCUGGUAAAGACUAGACUGGCUGUGUAUGACCAUCAGUUCAUUUUUUAAAGCCUGUUAACUACACCUCACCAGAUGCAGUUUCAGAGUUCCAGCCUUUCUGUGGUUAAACUGUAUUUUAUACUGGUUAAAAUGUUAAAAUUGGUGUAAAACUUUUUUUUUUUUUUUUAUUUAGCAAUUAAAACAA